AGCUUGUCAAUUUUUCAAUGUCAAAUUGAUAGUAGGAAGUGAUUUGAAAAUUCAAAUUCAAUUAAAACCAAAAUAAUUUAUAGAAUGUGAAUAAAAUUUCCAUAUAAUAACAAUAUAUCGGUUUAAAAACAUGGCAGCUAAUAAUCUCCCAUAUGAGGUCCUAGUUUAUCUUUUUAAAUAUUUACCAAAUUCUGACAGAAAGGCGGCUAGCGAAACUUGUCAAUCUUGGUAUCUCGCCGCUAAUGACUACUACUUUUUAAAAAACAAAACUCUUGUAUUUUAUAGAACAGACUUGCUAAAAGAGGCUUCACCACUGCAAGUAAUUGAAAAUACAAUAAUACCAUAUUACAAUUUUAUAUUCAAUGAGGUAGAACUGUCCCAAAAGACAAAUUAUUUUUGGGAAAAAAUUGGAGAAAACAUAAGAAGUUUGACAAUAAGAAAAUGUGAUAUUCAUGAAAAAACUAUUGAUUAUAUUUUAGAGAAAUGCACAAGCAUAGAAACAUUGAACAUACAAUGCUGCAAGGAACUCUUUAUGUCCGGAUGUCUAUUGGAGAAGACAAACGGUGUGAUAGCCAAUAGUUUUAAGAACUUGAAAAAUCUAAACUUGUCUGAAAACAAAUAUAUAACCGAUGCAUUAUUCUAUAGGUUUGUCAAAUCUGCACCAGAACUAGAACAUCUAUGUCUAUCAUUGUCCCCAAUACAAUUCCAUGCUGGAUUUGUUAAGAAAUUUUACUCGCAGACUACUAAUAUAUUUGAAAAUCCAUCAGAAAGUGUUUUCACCUUCUAUUUUGUACAACAGUUUAUAUUAUCGAGGGCGAAUAAAAUAAAAAAAUUAGUAUUUUCUAAUACCCUCAUUGAUGGCGCCGGUUUGAAGCAAUUGUCUGAAAUUCCUGAUUUAAUGCUAGAAAGUCUACAGUUAAAUACUUGUGACCAAUUGACAAAUGCUGGAAUUAUUUCUUUGGCUACACACCAACAUUCUUUGAAGGAACUAGAUAUUGGUCUCUGCACAAGAGUUACCGACCAAUCUUUGAUGUACAUAUGUAAUAAUCUUGUUAAUUUGGAAUAUCUGAAUAUACAGAGAUGUAGAGCCGUAACGGACUUAGGUAUUGCGGAAUUAAAUAAGCUUAAAAAACUGAAAAGGGUUAAUAUUUCUCAAUGUGAACUUAUCACAAAAGACGGCAUAAAAGUGGGAUUGUGUAGUGACGACGAAAAUCUCAUUAUGGAAGAGUUAGAUAUAAACUCAUUAAACAAUAUAGAACAAACCGGUGUUAUUAUGCUAUCGGAAAAAUUAAGGAACCUGACAUAUAUGGAUUUAAGCUUCUGUUUUAAUGCUGUGACGGACACAACCAUACAAGUGAUAUUUAGGAAUCAAAUAAAAUUACACACAUUAAAAAUAAACUACUGUGAUAAAGUGUCGGAUGUCGGCCUUACUGGGAUGGGGAAAGUGGAGUCAGAGGGUGACGAUGAUGGUCCCGUUAUGUCCAACUAUGGUGAAACUAAUUCACACAGCAGAAUACACCUAGGCUCUAGGGCUGAGGAAGAAAUAAUUCGCGACGCACAGAGGAAGCGAGAGGUGCAAAGAAUGUGUGAAAAAUUAACCAUGGACUCUUAUACCGGAUAUUCAUUGGCUCGCAUUAAAUCUCUUAGGGAAUUAAAUAUCAGCGGCUGUAAUAGAAUAACCGAUGUCAGUUUGAUAUACGCUUUCGCCUUCAAAGAACUCCAGAGUUUAAAUUUAAGCAGAUGUCAACAAAUUACUGUCGAUGGAAUCAAAUACCUUGUUAGAAAUUGUCCAAGCAUUGAAUAUUUAAACCUAAAUGAUUGUUACAAUUUAAAAGAUGAUGCCGUCAUUGAAAUCGUUAAAGGACUGCCGAGAUUGCAAUAUCUGGAACUCAGAGGUUGCAAUCAACUAACCGAUAAAACUUUGGAAGCUAUUCAGGAACAUUGCAAAAUACUAAAAGUAUUAGAUAUCCAGGGUUGUCACAAUAUAUCAACUGAGUUAGGAUGUGCUAUAGGUUCUUUGCCAACCCUGCAUACUGUAUUAAUGUCGAAACCGGGACCUUAUAUAACUGAUGGUGUCAAGAAUAGGGCUCCCGCACCACCCUUAUUACCGUCUUUGUUGAGAAAAUUAAGAUUACAUUAAGGCUAUGAUUAUAGUUAUUAUGUUUGUAUUUUAAAUGUUUCUUUCCAAUUUCUCUUAAAGUAAAGUUCUUUUAUAAUUUAACAGAAAUUAAUAUAUAAGUGUUAAAAAUAGUUGGGGCCGUAUAAAACCAUUAACGUCUAUAAAAAAAUUGUGAAAAUAAUUUAACAUAAUUAAAAAAUAGUCUCUAGUCAAAAAAUGUAUAAUUUUAGGUUUAUUGUAAGAGUGCGUGUUCACUAAGACAACAAGCUUAUAUAAAAUAAGACAAGUCGAUUAUAUUUGAUUUUUACAUGCCUUUUUUUCUAAAUUGGACAAUUUCGAAGACGAAUCUGGACAUAGUUGGCAAAUAGAUAAAAAACCAAUUAUUCAAGAAACGGCAAUUUAAACUCGGAUAUUUUAAAGUGGCCUUCUAAAUUUAAAUCAGUUUGAUUAUAAUUUUUCAUAAAAAUGGCGGCUGAUUCUAACCGUCUGUCAUCCAUCUGUUCACGCACUAAGUUAUUGUUUUACGACUUUAAUGCCUUGUGUUUUUGUCGACAAAAAUUUUACUUUUAUAAUUAUAAUUGUAUUUAAAGCAUUCUUACAUUUUAUUUAAAACACGUUGUACAAAUUUGUUAAUUUAUUUUUGUGAUUUAACAUUAUUUUAACAAAAAUCUUAGGUUGUGUACAAAAUGUCUUAUUUUAAUACGACGUACUUUGAAAUAUAUUUUGUUAGCUAUAUAUGUAUUAAUAACACCAAGAUCCUAGAUUGUAGCUGUGAUAACACUACUUAAAUAAAUCUUA